AUGGCAACCACAGGGCGACACCUAUGUCGCACACUAUAUCAAGUGUCUCGUCAGAUACCUGUAAAGCGAAAAUGCCAACCCCAAUGGCUCGCCCGCAGUCGAAACACCACUCCCUUCCGACCUGUCUCGACGACCAGCGCACUGCGAGCCGAAGACUCUCGACGUCCUCAACCUCCAUCCGCCCAGCUUGACGACGAUACUCUCGAUGACAGUGAAGACCCUGAAAAACUCGAUCCUAGCGAAUAUCUCACGCCGCACUCGCCGAUCACCGUGGCAGAUCUCGGCCCUGAGGAGCGUGCGGACUACGAUAUGCUCUCCAAAGCCGACCAGGAAGCAUACCUGGCGCUGCAGAACCACUACGAAGCCCUGUUCGAGUCGGCAGAGGCCGAAAGUGCGCUCGACAGCGCAGUGGACGACGUCGACCGACAGGUCGAAAAGGAGACCGAGUCGGUUGAUUUUCCAGACAUUGUGACCAAACCGUCCAAUUCCGGCUUCUGGACCGACGAGGAGGACGAAUUCGGCCAAUACGAUGAAGAACCAGCCUGGGACGAUUCCGCAAUUACAUCGGUCGCUCACAGCGAGUUGGAAGUUCACCGCGAGAUAAGAGAGUACACCCGGGUGAUUGCUUGGGACAUGCCCUUGUUAAACCAAUACGCCAAAGAAUUCAAACCCCCUACACAAGCCACGCCGCUGAGGUUCCGGUACACGACGUACAUGGGCGAAAUCCACCCGGCGGCGAGGAAGGUGGUGGUUCAAUUCUGCACAAAGGAUUUGCCGAACCUGACCGAAGCGCAACGGAUCAAACUGAUCAAGCUUGUCGGCGUGCGGUACAACCCCGACACGGACAUGGUGAAGAUGUCGACGGAUAAAUUCGAGGCCGCGGCGCAAAACAAGCGGUACUUGGGAGAUUUGAUAAACAAGCUUCUCGACGAGGCGAGGAAUGGCAAAGAUACGUUCGAGGAUAUUCCGCUCGACAUGCGGCACCACAAGUCGAAGAAGAAGCACUGGUUCCCCAAGAAGUGGAUGAUGAAGCCUGGCAGGGUGCAGGAGCUGGCGAAUGCGCGAAAGGAGCAACAGAAGCUGCUUCUGGAGUCUGGGGAGACGGAGGCGCUUCCUGACGGCCGGCAGGCGGUUCAGAGUUAUGUGCGGACUCUGGCGCAGAGUAAUUGGGGACCAGAGGCGCAGAGGCAAAGGACGCUGUAG